GUCAGUAACCCUUGGGGAUGGAGGUGCCAGCCGGGAAGCUGAAGGUGAUGGAGAAGUUCUUCAGCCCCCGGAGACUGGGGAGAGAAAGGGAGGAGGUGGCCCAGGGGAGAAGCCGCAGGCCCCUCUCCUCCUCCAGCUCCUGGUCCUCGGGGGACGAGGGGGCAGGCUCUGGGGUCAAUGGGAGCCCAUUCUCGAGGUCUUGCGGGGAUGUGAGGGCCUGUUCCUCCUCCCCGCCUGGGGGCAGACGGGUCCCCUCCCGGGGGGAGGGACAGCGAGCCCAGGGCCCCUCCUCCCUGAGGAGGGCCAGGUCCGUGGAGGGCCCUGCUCUAGGGCUCAAAGCCUGGGGAAGGGAGCCAGGAGCCUGCAGCUCAGGGGCAGCCCAGUCCCAGGCCCAGGCCCAGGCCCAGGCCCAGGCCCAGGGGAGCCUGAGAGGGGGCCGGCAGCAGCGGAGAGCCGACUUCUCCCGGUUCCUGGAUGAAAUCACCGUUCAGUUGCUCAGCCCGGCGAGGCUCGAUUUCUUCAAUGCCCGGCCGCGGGGGCCGCCGGGGAACGGAGACACCGAGGACGCUCGGCCCCUCGCCGCAGGCCCGGCCUCUAGCCUGGAGACCAGCACCGGGCCCGGAGCCUACACACACUGCACCGAGUCUGGGCGCAGCCCCCAGCACGGGGACGGGGAUGAGGAGGAGGAAGAGGCGGAGGCAUCACCCUGGGCUGUCGAGGGGAAGGCCCGCGGAGGAGGGGUCCACAAGGAGCUGCUUGUAGAUGCCAAUCAUCUGAAGUCUUUACAAGAGGAGAAUGAAAAUCUACAGAGACACCUACUCCAUGCCACCUACCAAAUGGAGAGGAUGGACAUGGACUUCAAGGCCAGCCAUGGGCACCUGGAGUCCGAGCUGCAGAGAGCUCGGGUGGACAUGGAGGACCUCAGGGAGAAGUUCUGGAGGCUACAGGAGAAUUACUUCAGCACACAGCAAGCUAAGGAGUUCAUGGAGGAGAAACUCUGCACUAUUUGUUCAGAUUCUGUGAACACAUCGAUCGUACUGGACUUCUACAGCCAAACACUUGAAGAUCAGAAGGACUGA